AGUGCUAGAUUGGCUAUGACUGCAAAGUUUACACGAAUCAACUUUUUUUUCCUGACAAUUACGUUACCGGCAGUGUUAUCAGUUCAAGUCAAAUCAAACCAACAUCGGUACGCAUGUGGACAGCGUCCGAUCAAUGGAAUUGGCGUUAUAACGUCUGGACAGUCAACCUGGCCAGGGCAGUUCCCAUGGCAUGCUGGCCUUUAUCGAACCAAAGGACUGGGAAGUGAAUAUAUCUGCGGAGGAUUCAUUAUUACUGAUCGCUUUAUUGUAACGGCAGCACAUUGCACAACUGCCCCCAAUGGCUACCAAAUUGUUCCCAAUGGCAUUUCCGUACGGCUGGGAAUGUACGAGCUGUUGAGCAUGACAAAGAAUACCCAGGAACAUCGAGUGGAAAAGAUCUAUCGACAUCAUAACUACACUACCAGUUCUUACAUGCAUGAUAUCGCAUUGUUACUACUGCGAACUGUUGUGGAGUUCAACGAUUAUAUACAACCGAUCUGUUUGUGGGAACAGGAAAAGUACGGUCCAGGAGAAGGUCUUGUCGGAUUAGUGUCGGGAUGGGGAAUAACGGAGUAUGACAUGUUGGCUGAUAAACUUAAAGCUGCCAGGUUGCCAAUGGUCGGUGUUCUAGAGUGCCUUGAAAGCGAUCGGGAUCUUUUCUCGCAGGCUAUCUUCGAUGGAAUGUUCUGCGCUGGACUAACAAACAGCACAAACGUAUGCAAUGGAGACAGUGGCGGAGCAUUUGCGAUAAACAUCAAUGGAACUUGGGUUGCACGAGGAAUUGUAUCGUUCACGGGAUUGAGAGAUUCUUCCGUAACAUUAUGCAAGACAGAAAGCUUGGCCGGAUUCGUCAACAUCCCUCGCUACGUGAAAUGGAUCGAGAAAAUGGUAAACAAGGACCGCUUCGUAGCUAUCGAGCCCCUGGCACACCAUAGCGAAAAAACUACUGAUUCAGAUGCUACGACAUCCACCAUGAUUGUGUCUUCGAGCAGCAUUAGUGAGAAAAAAUGUGCCCAAUAUCACAGUAGUUCGGAGACGGAAUCCCGAGAAUUGUCGUAUUUGGCAUACGUUUCAAGGAAUUUCCCAUUCACGCGUAAGAUUGAUUGUUUCGCCGUAUUGAUAAGCGAGCGGUUCCUCCUGGCAAGGGCUGACUGCUGUUCUCCUACAGCCUCACAAGCUGCCUAUUCAGGAAAAGAGCAAUUUAUUAUUGUCGAAAUGGAAGGUCGAGCGCUGCAGUACGAAAUAGAGACCUUCCACCAGCAUCCAGACUUUGCACGAAAUCCAGCCGAAAACAACCUUGCACUAAUUGAGCUGAACCGGAACGUAUCAAUCUCCAGCAGCCAGUUUGUGUGCCUGUGGACCCGAGCAGAACUCGAUUUAGGUAAAAUAUUUCUUUACUCGGCAAUGAAUGAAUCGGGCAAACCACUAAUGGAUUCGGCGAAAUGCUUCAAUCAGUUAUUGGCGCCAUCGGUUAUGAUAGAACGAGGUUACUAUCAUUUGGUUGGGAUUGUGGUUAACAGCACGUGCGCGACGAUAAGAUUUAUUAAGCUGCAAAAGUUUAUCCCGUGGAUUGAGAGCAUCGUAUGGGGGAGGGGUUAAUGGGUGCCGGGAUUUUUGUGUGCUAGUUGCUGGUGAAACAUAAAUCUGAAUUCAGGAUCCAGAA